AUGGCAGGAACAUCCUCCAAAAUUCCGGUUGAGAUCAUAAGCGAUGAUGAGAUGGCUUUCAUUGAUGCUGCGUUAACUCCUGCAGCAUGUUCUUCAGCCACUCCUUCUGCUGUCACUCCUGCUAUACAUUCACCAGCAUCAGCACUCCGGAUUCACAGAAAUAGCACAUCUAUUCAAUCAGUUACAGUUGAAGCCAAAAAAGGGCCAUUCGCGUGUUCCGAAUCCGAUAUUGAAGAUAUUGGCAGUUUUGUAAGUACUAGUAGGAAGAAGUCUAGAGAAGAUGACACGUUACUGCAUCGGUUUAGGAGCAAGAGGGGACUGUUUGUCACUGAUAUCACCAGGACAGAAUGGUGCGAAAAGCAAAUGGAAUUUUCUCUCUUUUCUGAAGAAUGGAAGAACUAUGAAGCCAAACCAGAUUUGGCCUCUGUUUAUGGAGGAGGAAGUAGGAAGAGUAAAGCAAUGAGAGCUGGUAUAGAUCGACACGUUCAGCUUGAACAAGAAGUUCUAGAAUCUGUGGAAGUAAAUGUGAAGUCAUGCGAAGAUAUUAUGGCACUGAAGCUUGUUAAUUUCAUCAAUGGUGUGAAUCAACUGUUGUUCGAAGGACUCACUCGUGAGCUUCCUAUAAUAAGCUUUGAUUUUGCACAAGGUAUAUGGAUUGUUGGAAAGAUCGAUGAAAUUCGAAUGUCUAAUGCAAAAAAUGAUCAUAAUCCGGUAAUAGUCGAAAUAAAGACCCGUCACCGAGAUACAGUUCCUUCAGAAUCACAAAAAAGAAAUGGAAGGAUUCAACUAAUGUGUUACAAGUAUUUGUGGGACAAUUUAGUUGCUCAUGCAGAUCAUGAUUUCCCUUCUAAACAACUAUUCGAUUAUUUCGAGUUAAAUCCUCGACGUUUCUUAUGCAAAGAUCUACAAACAGCGUGCAUUGAAUCUGAAAUCUCAGCAUCAAGACUUUCUGAUUUGGUGUCGUGUUACCAAAAUAUGUGUAACAUGUUGUCCCCGGCUAACGAUAAGCUUGUGUUGAGAUAUGAAUCUCAGAGGGAUCAGUCAGUAUUGGAAGAAGAAGAAUUUAUGUAUGAUGAUGGUUGGAUAAAGAAUGAAAUUAGAAGUUGUGUUGAGUUUUGGACAGGACAAAGAGAAGCUAGUUAUGUUGAUGAGGAAGAGGAAUGGAAAUGUGGUUUCUGUGAGUUUGUUUCUCAGUGUCCUGCUUAUACUGAUGAUUCUGAGAGCACAGAAGCCAUUUCAGAGGAUGAUAACAUUUAA